AUGUCGGCUGCCGCUAAUUCUGCCACUUCUCCUCUCCCUUCUGCACCUGAUGUAGAAGUAGAUGCAGAGCCUAACGAGGAAGUGCCUCGACAUGAUGAUGAGGAUGAGAUUCUAUUCCCUGAACUGGUAGAUAGAGUUAGUCAACAGGCAGUGGAAGAUGAAUAUGCAGAGGAGCCUAGCAGCCGUGCUAGAUUUGAUGACACUGACGAUGAAGAGAGGGAGGAGAACAUCGACUCCUUAGUUUUACAAGAAUAUGAUGGUGAGGACAUGCCAACAAUUGAGUGGAACAGAGAGAAUCUUGAGCUUACUCCAGGAACCGUAUUCGAAUCGAUGGUGGACUGUCGUAAUGCAGUGACUACAUAUUGCAUUCUCACUGAAAACUCCUAUGAGGUUGAUAGGAGUGAGCCAAGAAGAUUCACUGUACAUUGCCCUUAUGAUAGGUGUAGGUGGAGGUUGCAUGCAUCCACUAUGCUAAAGAGCAAAUUGAUUCAGUUAAAAAGCAACCCACACGGGCACACUUUCCCACCUAGAGGGGGAGGGGGAAAGGACAAAUCUAAGCUUGCAAAGACUAGGUGGGUGGCAGAUGCAAUCUUGGAUUGGGUGAGGGAAACACCAACGAUUGGUCCAACAGCACUCCAUGGGAAGCUAUUUGAGAAGUACAAGAUUAAUAUACCUUACAUGAGGAUUUUCUAUGCUAAGGAAAGGGCUCUUGAUAGGAUUAAUGGUCCAUGGAAUGAGAGUUUUCAGUUGCUUUACACCUUCAAAGCUGAAGUGGAGACGGCUAGUCCAGGGAGUGUUGUAGAGAUUGACAAGCAUAAAGUUAAGUGCAAAUUAAAAGGGAAGGCACUGGAGAAGGAGUGCUUCAGGAGGGCUUUUGUUUGUUUCAAGGCUUGCUGGCAGGGGUUUCUGAAUGGUUGUAGCCCCUAUUUGGCUGUUGAUGCAACUGAUUUGAAUGGAAGAUGGAGAGGCCAGCUAGCAGCAGCUUCUGCAGUUGAUGGACACAACUGUCUAUUCCCAGUUGCAUUUGGUGUGUUGGAGGUAGAGUCCGAGGAGAGUUGGGUCUGGUAUCUGCAGCAGUUGCGCAACAUUAUAGGUACACCCUCAGGUUUAGUUAUACACACAGACGCUUGCAAGGGUUUAGAAACUGCAGUAGAAAUUGUAUUCCCUGGAGUGGAACAUAGGAAAUGUAUGCGACACCUAGCGCAUAAUUUUAAAAAGAAAUUCAGAGGCAAAGUUUAUGAUGAGAACCUAUGGCCAGCAUCAUACACAUGCAGCUUGAGGAAGCAUGAGCACCAUUUGAGAGUGUUGUAUGCUCAAAGUCCUUUGGUGAAGGAGUACAUGGAUGAACAUCAUGGAAAGUUGUGGUCAAGAAGCAAAUUCAAUGAAAUCUGCAAAGUAGACUAUGUGACCAAUAACCUCGCUGAGUGUUUCAAUGCAAAGUUCAAGUCAGUGAAAGGGCUUUUGUUGUGGCAAGCAUUUGAUAAGAUCAGGCAGAUGAUCAUGAUAAAGAUGGCUCUUCGUAAAAGAAUUGCAGAAACACAAUAUGUUGGCCAUCUUAUGGUCCCAUCUCUGAUUAAGGCAUUGCACGCCAAGGCAAGAGGACUAAGGAUGAAAUGCAUUCGACCGUCGACAUACAAGGCUGAGGUGACAUACACAGACAGUAAAAAUAGGGAAUGGAGAUAUCCAGGGAACCUUGCAACUAAUGAAUGCAGUUGUAGGCAAUGGCAGAUCCGCGGGAAGCCGUGCAUACAUGCCCUAUAUCUUAUGACUGUUAUUGGAGGUGAAGAUGGUGAAGUUGAUCAGUAUUGCUCUGAAUAUUUCUCUGUUGCCAAAUUUAGGGCUGCUUAUGCUGAAAAUGUGCCUGCACUCUUGGGAAAAGACCAAUGGAACAUAGUAGACCCAGGGUUCAAACUCUGUUCUCCAGUACUGACUAGACCACCAGGAAGACCAAGGAAAAACAGGACAAGAGCUGGUGAAGAGGGCCGCGUAAAAAAACAACGUAAGUGCAAAAGAUGUGGUAUCCUAGGGCAUAUUGCUAGGCGUUGUACCAAUCCAGUUGAUGCAUCAUUUGGAGAAGAGGAACAAUGGGCAGCAGCAAAUGCAGAGGAGAAUGCAGCAACAGAGGAGAAUGCAGCAAGUAUAGAGGAGAAUGCAGCAGCAGAGGAGAAUGCAGCAAGUAUAGAGGAGAAUGCAGCGGCAGAGGAGAAUGAAGCAACUGAAGGAGCAGUGAGCGUGCCGCUGAUACGGUUGACUUCGAAGGAGGUCAAGAAUGGCAACUAUGGGCGCGAGUUCGUGAAAUGCGAGAGCAAGCCAGAGGGGCAGUUGCUCUAG